AACACAAGAGGCGUAGCUCACUGCGCGACUUCAGCUAGAGAAAUUUCCGCUUCCUCCAAAGGAUAGACACCACCAACACGCCAAGCUCACAGAGAGCACAGAGCCGACACGAAGUUAAGGCUUUUGGGGCACAGAUGGGACUGUAGAAGACGUGGAAUUACCGGUAUAUUUGACCCAAAACCUACCGCAAUGUGUGCACUUUCAUGCGGCGAUUAGCGUUUCAACUUUUGCAGAGGAAGCGAUUACGCAUUUUUGGAACAAGCUAGAUACUGACUAUUAUUAAGACAACAAAAAGAAGGAGGGAAGACACCAGAACAACAAAUCUACACGAGGGGGAAGCGUGGAUAAACCGGGGUUUCCGUGCUGCUAACUUCGCCUGUCUUCAACCUCCAGGAUGUCGGAGCGAGGAGGGCUCCCGCGCACUGGGGGUGUCCCUUCCCCGCACAUGCAGCCCUCCAAGCCGGUCAGCAUCACCUCCAACCGCCCGGUGCACAUGAACCUGUUCGCUACCUGGGAGGUGGAUCGCUCCUCGCCCAGCUGUGUCCCGAGACUUUUCAACCUGACUCUGAAGAAACUGAUCAUGUUGAAGGAGCUGGACAAAGACCUGACGUCGGUGGUCAUUGCCGUCAAACUGCAGGGCUCUAAACGAAUCCUCCGCUCAAAUGAGAUCUUACUGUCGUCAGCUGGACUCACAGAAACUGAUCUGCAGCUCACCUUCUCACUACAGUACCCACAUUUCCUGAAAAGAGAUGCCAACAAACUCCAGAUCAUGCUUCAGAGAAGAAAACGAUACAAAAACCGGACCAUUUUAGGAUACAAAACUCUGGCGUUGGGGCUCAUCAACAUGGCAGAGGUGAUGCAGCACCCCAGUGAAGGUGCUCAGGUUUUGGGGCUACACAGUCAGCUGAAAGACGCAUCUGUUCCCGUGGCAGAGAUCCGAGUUUACUCUUUAUCGAGUCAACCCAUCGACCACGAGGGACCCAAAGCCAAGAUGUCUGAUCGCUCCCCCGACAUUGAUAACUACUCUGAGGAGGAAGAGGAGAGCUACUCAUCAGAGCAGGAGGGUAGCGACGACCCCAUCCAUGGACAAUAUCUUUUUGAUGAAGAUGAAGAUGUAAGGAAGAAGAAAACUACUCGACGCAAAACCUCAAAUGCCGGAAUCACCAGACAACCCAAAAUCAAAGAGAAGUUUGUGGCCCUGCUCAAACGCUUUAAAGUCACAGAUGAGGUGGGCUUUGGCUUGGAGCACGUGUCCCGGGAGCAGAUCCAGGAGGUGGAGGAGGAUCUGGACGAGCUUUAUGACAGUUUGGAGAUGUACAAUCCCAGCGACAGUGGACCUGAGAUGGAAGAGACAGACAGUAUCAUGAGCACACCCAAACCCAAGCUCAGGCCGUUCUUUGAGGGAAUGUCACAGUCCAGCUCUCAGACAGAGAUCGGCAGUUUGAACAGCAAAGGCAGUUUAGGCCGGGACACGUUCAGCCCUCAGGGAGAGCAGCCUCCAAUAGAAAAAAUGAAAACUUCAAGAAGUCGUAACCUUGAGGAGGCUCUGUCAGAGACUGAUACUUUGGAGUUGACGGAUCAGGAGAUGUACACAGAGGUGGGGCCCUGUAUAACUGUGUCUGCGGCCGAAAAACCUUGUAACACUCCAAUGAAGACGAGCAAGAAUGAAAAACAGACCAUGCCCUCACCAAGGUUGGAUGGGGGUCAUACACCCAAACAGAAGCGCAGUGGCAGCACUCCCCUGAAGGAGAGACAGCUGUCCAAACCUCUGAGUGAACGGGCCAAUAGCUCCGAUUCAGAGAGGUCUCCAGAACUCGGACACACCACUCCUGUUCUGAGGAAAGCAAUGUAUGAUCAACUAAACCAAAUACUCGUGACUGACUCUGCCCUACCCGAAAGUCUCAUUUUGGUCAACUGCACUGACUGGCAAGGACAGUUUGUUACAGAACAGCUCCAAACACAGAGGCAGCCGGUGGUCAGCACAUGUUCUGCAGCAGAGAUCCAGGCCGUGCUGUCAGCGGUUCUCACCAGAAUACAGAAAUUCUGUAAUUGUAACUCAUCGAUGCCCAGAGCAGUUAAAGUGGCAGUAGUGGGCAGUCAGAAUUACUUGGGGGCCAUUUUGCAGUUCUUCGUGACACAACUCGCAAACAAGACAUCCGAUUGGCUCAACCACAUGCGCUUCUUGGUCGUGCCUCUGGGGUCACAUCCUGUUUCCAAGCACCUAGGUGCCCUCGACAACCGCUACAGCUCCUUGUUUCUGGACGGCUCCUGGAGAGACGUGUUCAGCCGCACAGAGCCUCCUCAGAGUGACCAGUUGGAUGUGGCGGGGAGAAUAUCUCAGUACAUCAGUGGAGCCACAGUGACUCAUCAGUUACCCAUCGCAGAGGCAAUGCUCACCUGCAAACACCGGACGCGAGAAGAAGACUCUUACCACAAGUUUAUUCCUUUUAUUGGGGUGGUGAAGGUUGGACUUAUAGAAUCGGGUCCCUCUCCAACAGGAGACACAGAGGAGGGUGUUGCGGUGAGUUUGGCCGUGCCAUCCACGUCGCCCCCCUCUCACGGCUCUCCCACUGGGAUGAUCAAAGAGGCAGCCACGCCCCCAUCCUCUCCUUCUAUGGGCAGUGUUCUCACGGUACAGGGGAGCCCAAGCAUGUCUCACGGCGUGGAUGCCAUUGGCUUGCAGGUGGACUACUGGCUCGCGUCUUUGGCUGAGAAGCGUAAAGAGGGUGAGAGGAGGGACACCGGCUGCAAAAACACCCUCAAGAGUGCUUUCCGCUCACUGCAGGUCAGCCGGCUGCCAGGAGGGGGCAGCAGCGAUCCACAGGCCCAAGUCAGCACUAUGGCCAUGACUGUGGUGACCAAGGAGAAGAACAAGAAGGUUCCCACCAUCUUCUUGGGUAAGAAACCGAAGGAGAAGGAUGUGGACAGCAAAAGUCAGGUCAUUGAAGGCAUCAGUCGACUCAUCUGCUCUGCCAAACAGCAACAGACUAUCCUCAAAGUGUCUAUUGACGGUGUGGAGUGGAACGACGUCAAGUUCUUCCAGCUGGCUGCGCAGUGGCCUACACACGUCAAAUAUUUACCUGUGGGACUUUUUGGCUACAGCAAACCGUCAUCAUAGGGGUAACCAUGGAGCCCCCAACAUGACCUGUGAACCCUCCUCGACUUUUGCCCCCCACUGCUUCUUUUAUUUUCCCCAAAAAAGAUCAGUGCAGGGCUGUAACUAUUGUCACUUUAUUGCCCCCUGGUGGAUGUAUGUGGUAUUGUAUGUGAGUGUGUGGAGGCUGCAUGCAAUUGUGAAUGUACAGUAUGUUUAUGAGUGUUUUUUCAAGGGGCUCACAGCACAAGUUAAAAAGCAAACUGCCACUUUCCGCUACAAUGGGAUGAAAUUGCAUGCAACCAAUUACCGGUUUUAGUCCUGAUGCCCUUCCGUGAAUUGUCAGCAUUCUCAAUGCGAUGUCGCUCAUUCAUUCUUGCAUGGAUUCACAGUAAAAUUCACUCUUGUGCCACAAAAACUUAAAAUGGCAUUCGUAUUUGCAUGUUUGAAGUCCUCUGCUUUAAAAUACAAGCUGGCAUGCGUCAAAGUCAUAACCAAUUAUCAAAAUUUGCUCAGUACCAUUUUAAUUUCAAGGGCUUCCACUGAACUAUAUUGAAUUUGUGUACUAAAAGAAUGCGUGGCUGCAACAGGCACAAAAUGAAGUGUGUUUUGGUUUCCCUUAUUACCAGUGCUAUUUUGUGAUUGUCAGUAAUGUCAGGGCAAAAGAGGAAUGCAUUUAUUUUUCUAAUUAUAUACUGAGCAACCAUAACAUUAUGACUUUUAAGAUGUGAAAUUAAUAUCUGCAUCUUUUCAUUUUGGCACCUGUGAUUAUGGACUGUAAUUAUUUCUCAAAAUAUAUAUUUUUAUAAAUAGUUAAAAGCUGGAAAAAAUGGGUAAUGAUUCGAGUGAAUUUGGUUAGGAACAAAUUAAAGGUGCACUUUUUGUGGAGGAUUCGCCACUUGCUUGCCUCUUCAAAGAUGUUUUGUCUGGAAGGUUCCACAGUAUGGCAAUCAGGUGGUGUUACAAGACCAAAUUAGAGGUCAGAUCCAGGGAGAGGCAACCCCACUCAAAGUAAUAAUAGUAAAAUGGUAUUUUUGAGCAAAAAAGUUGCUAUAAUUGAAUUGGCAAGUAUAAUGCCAUUCUGUGGAACAUUCUAGGCAUAGUAUAGGAAUAAUAAUAACAUCUUAGAGACAAAGAGAUGACCCUUCACCAGAAAAAUGACAUGAGCCCUGUUAAUGUUGAGUUGUUUUUUCUACUGGGGUAACAGACUGUGGUUCUACUGUGGCAUACUGUAAUUGCAUUUCUUGGAACAUAGCAGACUGGGGAUACCCCACAAGAUCUGAUGCAGUCAUAAUGUUAUGGUUGAUCCAUGUAACUAUAAUUUGCUAUGCACUUACGAUACUGUGUGUUUGCGGCUGGUUAAACCUUUUUAAACAGACAGACCUAUCACAAUUAUGCAAGAAAUAAUAACAGCGGAACUAAGUAAUGCAUUUUCAAACUGUAGUUAAAAGAUAUAUACGUUUUUACAUUUAGUCCCGCUUCUUAAAUACGCAAUAAAGCACAAAGUCAUUUUCCAGCUAUCAUCAUACCCUAUAUUUUUACAGGCAGCUAUUACUUUACAUUACAUGGCUUUGAUUUCUCUAUUUUUCUGGAAGUCUGAUCCAAACUGCUUAUUCUAUUGGCUGUUGUGAGAUGUUUAGUGACAAGUGUAUGUGUGUGUGGUGCGUUCAUGUACCGUGGUCAAAAAUUGUAAAGCAAAUUGUCUUUUUUUAUAUAAUGUGAAAGAGGGCAUGCAGUUGUGUUUGAAAGAUGUGGUCAGUAUCAAUAGCUGCUGUAAUCUUGUUGUUAACUGUGCAGCUUGACAUAAGGCAAAACCUCCAACAAAAUGAACGGUGCAAAUGUUUUAGAUUUAUUUUUUAACACUAUGAAAAAGCAAAAAAAUAGAAAAUCAAUAUGGAAAAGCAUUGCCCAAAAGGUAAAAUAAACAGGUUAUGAUAAAACGAGUACUUGGAAAGAGCCUCCGCAAAGGCCCUGGUCCUAUCCCGCAAUGAGAAAGAUAUGGUGUCCAGACUCAGAGUUGUCUAGUACCCAAUUUUUAACCAUGAAUGAAGAACAUAAAUUGUUUUCCCUAUCUACUAAGUCCCUUCAUGCAUUUUGAUCCUGAAACAAGAACAAAAAAACAUAAAUGAAUAUGAUCAUCUGGGCAUUUGCUUCUUUAUGGUUCUCAUCCACCAAAAUGAAUGAUUUUUAAAAGAAUUGGCAGGAUCCUUUAGUCUAUAUUUAGUUUUUUUAGUGGUAAAUUGACUAUUGACAGAUAGUUAAACUAAUGAAAACUAAUAUAUAUAUAUAGUAUUAUUCAUUGACAGCCUAAAACCUUUGCACCUUACUGUAAAAAUAAAACAAAAUUGAAUGUAUCUUACCAACAUGAUUCAAGCCUUGUCCUCUGCACUGUAACUCUCUCCAGUAUUGUAUUAGCAAAACUAGUUUUCUAAAUAGUGUUGUCUUGAAUUUUUUGAUAAGAUUUGAGAUAGACUUAAACAGUGUUGUGGCGUCAGCACGCAUCUCCUUAUGUUACAUCCUUAAGUUCAAACUGGGAGGAUCAAAACUAAAUUAUCAGUUUUCAUACCGUUUUUCAUUCCAGAUCUCAUCAUAAGAUACUACUGUAGCCCAGAUAACAAAAAAUACACUGCAAUAUGUACUUAAUUUGUUAAAAAGAAAAUUUAAACUCGAUUAUGUUAUGUUGUUGAAAAAUUCUUGUUGUAAUUUAUUGCUGGAAAAAAAGGUUUGACCCUAAAGUAUAAUGUAUCAUGAAUAUUGUUAAACCAAAAUGCAAAACAUGGCAAUCAAAAAUAAAUAAAUUAGCACUUUUUAGUAUUGCAACAAAAAGAAAAUUUAAAUUAAAAAAAAUGCACAUUUGUACUGCCUUCUAAUUUCAUUCAUUUAUAGUGCAUUUAUGGCAGUGAGGUAUACUUACUCACUAUAGUGUUUUUGACGCCUUACAUUCAGUUGAAACUACUGCCAACAAAAAGAAUUUCCAAAUUGUUAAAGAAAAUAUAAUAUUUGAUGUGUUUUAUUUGCCAUUUUAGGUGCUGAAAUAAGUGAGCCUUGUCCUGUCAUUUCAAGAAUGUUCUACAUUAAAACUGUUUGAUUUUGAUUGUUUACUUGUUCUGAUCCUAUGGUCUUUUACAUGUGAAUUUGUACUGUACCUGUCUGUAAGCCUGUGAUUUUUAAUGUAACUCUAUCCCUAUGUCCAAACUGAAAUGGUGGAUAGAGAGUAGAAACCAUUUGGUUCAUCAAUAACGUUUGUCUGUGGUCAGCAGUGUCUUCUCUGCAGAAAAUUUUAAAAACAACAUAAUGAAUAAUUUAAAAACUCACUUACCUUAUAGCUUUGUAUAUUCGCCCCAGAAAUGGUUUAACUGAAAGAGUUUUACGUUUGUGGAAAGUAUUUUUGCACAUGCCAUUGUUUCUUUAGCUUUUUUGCCUUUUGCCUAUAACAGUAAUAAUAAUUAUGACAAUAAUAUGAAACUAAUGCUUGUACAUAUCAGAUAGUACUUGUUAAACUGUAUUUUUUGUUGUCUACAUUGAACAUGUUUUGUAGUUCUGCUUUUUCAUGAUUCCGUUUGUUAAUCAAACUGAUGUUGGAUUGAAAAGUCGAAGUGUUCAUCGUUUCAUUUGUUUGUUUGUUUUUUUUAAAUAAAAAUGUUAUUGAUUUGU